AUGGCUGAAAGCAUGGAGGAAGUGCGAAUCAAUGGCUUCCGCUGGCCGCUGCACCCGUUGCAGGUGGUCAGCUGGGUUGUGUUUGGAACAGACUUUGUUGUGUAUUUGGUGCUUUGCAUCCCCAUGAUUGAAACGGUUUUGUGGCAGGUGCUCGUGACUAGCUUCUUCCUGACUAGCGUUGGGUUCCUGGUGGUCUCAACGUUCCUUGCGACCAGCUGCAACCCCAUGGACUCCUAUGUGCUCAGGGAUGAAGCUGAGUUCAAGGACGAGGAGCUGGAGGAAUUGCCUUAUUGUGGAUUGUGUGCUACCACAGUGCAGGCGCGCAGCAAGCACUGUCGGGCCUGCAACAAGUGUGUGUCAUCAUUUGAUCACCACUGCAUGUGGCUCAACAAUUGUAUUGGCGGCGAUAACUACCGCGCCUUCUUCGUGUCGAUCAGCUCUGUUGCAGUGAUGAUAGGUGUCGUGCUCGGCACAAUCCUGUAUCAGUUUAUCGAUUUCUUUACAAAUGAGGCCUUUGAGUCGCGGUUGCAGGCAUCUGCUGUGCACUCCGGACUGUCCAUGGAGGGGUUCCUUGCGACUCUGAUCGCAAUGUCUUUUGUGAACGUGCCGCUAUGGUGUUUGGACAUGCAGCUGGUCCUGUUACAUGUUUACUUGAUGCACCAGAACUUGACCACAUACGAGUACAUCAUGAACAGACGACAGCAGGAUGAUGAAGGCACCUCCACAUUUCGAGGGCUUCCGCGCUGUAUGGACUGGAUUGUUUUCUCUCGAUGUGGCCAGCGGCGCCCAAAAAAGAAGGACAAGAUCGAAAAAAUUGAUGAGACAAAGCCUGCACCGCCCGAUGUGGAGGUUGGAUCUCAGCCACCUGAGCUGGAGACUGACAGGACUCCUCCAGCUGCACCGGCUGAAGCACCUCCUGGGUUCACUGCAUCCGUUGAGGGUGACGGCUUCGCUGCCAAGCAGGAGGCAGAUUUGCCCAUUGAACAUCCUCUGUAA